CUGGGGCUGUGUGUAUUCUGGCAAGCCUAUAAGUCAGUAUGGCCGGAGUUAUGUAUCACCAGCAAUAUCCCCAGUAUCCUGUGUUCCCCAACUAUGGACCCCCUUACCGGCAGCAGCCCCAAUUCUACAAGCCCAAGCAGCCGUACUGGAAGCCUCCGUACAAGGGUACCCAGGGGCCGGUGAAGCACCCCUUCCCUUUUGACUGUUUGGAUAACUAUAAGUGGGCCCAGCUGAGGGCUUUGCUGAGCCAGCUAGGCCCAGAACUGGGGCUGAAUCGCUUCUACACCAAGGAGGUAGGGGUACAGGUGAACCCCAGAGUGGAUGCAUCUGUCCAGUGCUCAUUGGGACCCCGCACCCUAAAGAACCGCAAGGGAGGGCCCUUCCUGUGUGGCCCCGUGCCCGGGCAGCACGCGGGGCUGAGCAUCGUAGCCCCGGUGAGAUUUCCUCGGACAAUAGCUGUGUAUUCCCGACUGUCCGACAGGAGACUGUUCACGCUGCCGCCUAUCCAGCGAGAGGUGGACAAGGAUGUGGGGACGCAGCAGGACGACGUGGAGGAAGGUGGGGGGAUUGAGGCUGAGGCCAGCAGGAGACCCAUGUUCCAGUUCCUGGAGCAGAAAUACGGCUUUUUCCACUGCCGGGGCUGCCAGGUGCGGUGGGAAAGUGCUUACGUGUGGUGUGUUUCCGGGACAAAUAAGGUUUACUUCAAACAGUUCUGCCACAAAUGUCAAAAGGGAUAUAACCCCUACUACGUGGAGCCCAUUGAGUGCAAGACCUGCAUGCGAGCCUGGUGCUCCUGCCCGGACAGGAAACUCCUCGACCUAAAGCGACCUCAUCUCCAGGAGCUGUGUGGCCGCUGCAAGGGGCAGCGCCUGUCUUGCGACAAGACUUAUAGCUUUAAAUACAUUGUCUGAAUGGCGGCAGCGCCAAGUGUGAAGGACUUGCGUCACACCACAGUUAGUGGUGACCCUAUUUAUUUUGAUAUUGGAAGUGAAACGUCUCUUUGGCGUUUGCAUUGGAUAAUUUGUUUCCUUUUGUGUAAAGUGAGCGCUUUGUAAAUAAAACAAGGAUUUUUUUUGUUGGUACCUGGAUGUAUGGAUACUUCACUGUCAAUGAAAGCUCACACUACCUACGACGGCCGCCCGGGAGCGUCUCUCUGGAACAGUCGAACGGACGUCUCGUUCACCUUGCUGCCGAGUGUCGGCUGUCUCUGUACAUAUCACGUCAUGCCUUCUAUGUGACUAUAAAAGCACUGCAGUCUUAAAAUAAAAAAAUAAAAAAAAUUA